AUGUCGAAUGACAUCGAACUUAGGCCGGCAUGGGUUUUGGAUCACUAUGAAAUCCUCUUGAGAAAGAGAUUUGGUUUGAUGGGUGUCGUAGAAGAUAGUAACCAAGUUACUACUGCUUGUUGGGGAGUUAGGCUGCGAUGUGCACGACUUAAAAGUGAGAUAUUGCAGACCAUUGCCAUUGAGAUUUUCGAGCACUUCACAAAAGCAAUCUGGAAUGUGUACCAUGAGACUUACCUCCGCCGACCAACACCGGCAGACUUGCGAAGGCUGCUUGACAAAGCUGAAGAACGGGGAUUCCCGGGGAUGGUCGGUAGCCUUGAUUGUAUGCACUGGCAGUGGAAAAAUUGUCCCACCGGAUGGGUAGGGCAGUAUACUAGCUACAGAGGGAAACCGACAAUCAUCUUAGAGGCGGUGGCCUCCUACGAUACUUGGAUUUGGCAUGCCUUCUUCGGACUUCCAGGUUCCCUUAAUGAUAUUAACGUCCUUGGAUGUUCACCGUUGUUCAAUGCCCAAUGCGUUGGUGAAACCCCUGAAGUGAGCUACCAGGUACGUAAUAGGCAUUAUCGUCAAUGUUAUUACCUAGUUGAUGGCAUAUACCCUAAGUGGGGGUCAUUUGUACAAGCAAUCCGAAACCCGAGGUCGCCGCAGACACAACAUUUCACAAGGAUGCAGGAAGCAUACAGAAAAGACGUGCAGAGAGCAUUUGGUAUUCUCCAAGCUCGUUGGGCAAUCAUAAGAGGACCAGCUCAUGGGUGGAGUAAGGAGAACCUUCAAUACAUCAUGAUGACGUGCAUUAUCUUGCACAAUAUGAUUGUUGAAGAUGAGCGUGAUGAAGAUGCAGCACAACCAUUUGAUCCGGAUGAUAUCCCAACCAGACCAAGGAAAGCAGAGAUAUAUAAGAGACCAGAAAUGGACACCGAUGUUCAUUGCAAUCCGCAAUAA